ACCAUCUUGGCGCCUGGGAAGGCCUGCUGGGAACAGGACUUCUAAGCAGCAGAUAUGUCUGGAAGGCUGUGGUGCAAAGCCAUUUUUGCUGGCUACAAGCGAGGUCUCCGGAACCAAAGAGAGCAUACAGCUCUUCUUAAAAUUGAGGGUGUUUAUGCCCGAGAUGAAACAGAAUUCUACCUAGGCAAGCGAUGUGCUUAUGUGUAUAAAGCAAAAAACAAUACAGUGACUCCUGGAGGCAAGCCAAACAAAACCAGAGUGAUCUGGGGAAAAGUAACUCGGGCCCAUGGGAACAGUGGCAUGGUUCGUGCCAAAUUCCGAAGCAACCUUCCUGCGAAGGCCAUUGGACACAGAAUCCGUGUGAUGCUGUACCCUUCCCGGAUUUAAACUAAUGAAAAAUAAAUAAAAGAGGA